CUUUCAUAGCUUCCCUCUAUCAUUUAGACCUUUACUCAAGCUCUUAUUUUUCUAUUUAGUUCUCUGGCUGGACUAUUACCCCUUCAAGAGCUUGUCUCACUGAACACGAACUAAUCCCGCAUUCCGCCGCCGCAUAUUCAUGGAGUUGGCUUAGUCGCACACCGCAGCUCAUCUUUACCCUGCUUUGCCUCCUUUUUUCUGAGUCUGGUCCUGUUUUUGAUGGAAAGGCACCUAAUUAACAAUGUCCUCCCCUGAGCUUGAUGUUGCACAACUGUCUGAUAGUGAGAGAUCUGCUCUCGAUACCUACACAGCAGUGACUGGCCAGGAACUGUCGCAAGCUAUUCCCUUGCUACGCCGGUCACAAUGGAACGUUCAGAUUGCCGUCUCCAAAUUUUUCGACGGUGAAGGCCCAGAUCCCGUUGAAGAAGCUCGCGCUGCGCUUCAUAGCCCCCCACAACCUACCCGUCGGACGCAGAACCUAGUGAUGGAAGACACCUCUGCUAAUAUUCUCCGAGCUACGCAUGCUAUCGAGCCUGCUCCCCGAAUCGUUACGCAACCGGAAGACCAACCUGUCUUUCGUCCUCCUUUCCUAUUAGCCCUAUUUUUCACACCGUUGAACUUCCUAUACAGACUGUUAUGUAGCUCCUUUCGACUAUUCGGAGCGUUAUUCCCAUUUCUCCCACGCUUAUUUAGUGUGACUGCAAAUCCAGCUCUCCGAGGCGCACGCCGCAAUACCAAUGGACGGAGGCCUCUUGCCCCUAAAGAUACGGCAGCUAGAUUCAUCAGGGAAUUUGAGGAGGAGUACGGUGCACACUCGCUACCGUUUCUGGAGAAUGGAUAUAAUAUGGCAUUGGAGAAAGCACAUCGGGAGCUCAAAUUUCUACUGGUAGUUCUUUUGUCUCCCGAGCAUGACGAUACGGGGUGUUGGGUCCGAGACACUCUGCUUUCACAGGAGGUGGUUGAUUUCAUCAAUAAUCACCAGAACAAUAUCCUUAUUUGGGGAGGAAACGUUCAAGAUUCAGAGGCAUACCAGGUUGCCAACUCUUUGCGAUGUACCAAGUUACCCUUUGCAUCUGUCAUAGUACACACCCCCAGCGUAUCUUCUACCGCAAUGUCUGUCGUCGCGAGAAUCGCAGGAAACACAACGCCCCUGGAGUUCGUUGACAAGCUCCGGGCGGCCACCACUCAGAACAAGGAGGCCUUGGAUCGGAUCCGGACAACGCGUGCAGAGCAACAGGCUUCGCGCAGCAUCAGGGAACAGCAGGACUCUGCAUAUGAAAGGUCACUGGCCAUCGACCGUGAGAGGGCUCGACAGAGACGAGAAGCCGAGGCAGCUAGACAGCGUGCAGAGCAGGAGGAACAGGAACGGAGAGCAGCGAAUGAGAGGCGGGCACAAGAUCUGCAGCAAUGGAAGCAGUGGCGUGCACAGACACUGCGUGACGAACCAGGGGCAGACGUUAAGGAUGCAGUCCGCGUCAGCAUUCGACUGCCGUCGGGAGAACGUGUCAUCCGCAGAUUUGCACCGGAUACCGACAUCGAACAACUCUAUGCCUUUGUGGAAUGCUACGACGUCUUGCAAGAAUCACAAGGUGCAUCCGGUGUGUCAAAACCGGGGGGCUUUGAACACCAGUAUGGUUUCCGACUGGUAUCACCGAUGCCUAGGGCAGUAUAUGAGAUAGAAUCCGGCGUAACCAUCCGGGAGAAGAUCGGCCGCGGGGGUAACCUUCUGGUCGAGCCGAUUGAUGAUGAGGAGGAAGAUGCCUAGUUUCUAAUAUUAUUACUGUCACCGCUGUUGUUGUCUGUGCGUGCUCAUGAUAUACGCUGUAAUUUAGGCACUUGAAUGGUGUCCGUUAAACAGUAAGGAGUGAGGUGAUAUAAAAAAUAUGAUGUAAGGAGUAUGAUGCAUUAUCGUCUAUCGAUUGUGAACCUUGGAGUUCUCUGGAUUUCUACGAGGAGAAGAAAAUGUGCUAUCACCUCGGGACCGUGGCGACCACCGCGUAGGGUGACAAAUAUCAAUCAAAUAAACGCUGUCGUGUCGACCAGACGAAGCUGAUGCUGUUGCUAUCGGACA